AUGGCAAACGGUCGUUCCUCGCAAGAUGAGCGCAAGCUCGAGAACGGUGCUAGCCCCGCGCCCGCUAGCAAUGGCAUCCACCCCGCAUUCUACAUUGCUCUGUGGAUUGCUUUGAGUUCCAGCGUCAUUCUGUUCAACAAGUGGGUUCUUGCAUCCGCCAAGUUCAACUUCCCCCUAUUCCUCACGACAUGGCACAUGGUGUUCGCUACCGCGAUGACCCAAAUCCUGGCUCGCUGCACCACCAUCCUGGACUCCCGUCACAAGGUCCCGAUGACCCCGGCCACCUAUACUCGUGCUAUCGUGCCUAUCGGUAUCAUGUUCAGUCUGUCUCUGAUCUGCGGUAACCUGGCCUACCUCUACCUGAGUGUUUCCUUCAUCCAGAUGCUGAAGGCUACCAACGCUGUUGUUACCCUUUUCGCUACCUGGGCCUUUGGAAUUGCCCCCGCCAAUUACAAGACCCUUGGCAAUGUCGCUAUCAUUGUGCUUGGUGUUGUCAUCGCCUCCUUCGGUGAGAUCAAGUUUGAUAUGCUUGGUUUCCUCAUCCAGGUCGGCGGUAUCAUCUUCGAGGCUCUCCGUCUUGUCAUGGUUCAGCGUCUCCUUAGCUCCGCCGAGUUCAAGAUGGACCCCCUUGUCUCGCUGUACUACUACGCCCCCGCCUGCGCCAUCACCAACGGCGUGGUCACCCUUUUCACCGAUCUUCCCCGUAUGACUAUGAACGAUAUUUACUCCCUCGGUAUCAUGACUCUUAUUGCCAACGCCUUGGUCGCCUUCCUGCUCAACGCCUCCGUUGUACUGCUGAUCGGCAAGACCUCCGCUGUCGUCCUCACUAUGGCUGGUAUCUUGAAGGAUAUUCUUCUCGUUUGCGCCUCCAUGAUGAUCUUCCACGACCCUGUCACUGCCCAGCAAUUCUUCGGUUACUCCAUCGCUCUCGCUGGUCUUGUGUACUACAAGCUCGGUGCCGAGAAGAUGCAGACUCUGGCCACCGAUGUCAAGCUCCAGGUUGGCGAGUACCGCCGCAACAACCCCGCCCAGGCGAAGGGUAUCGCUAUCGGCGGUGCUUUGACCAUCAUCCUGCUGGUUCUGUACACUGGAGCUCCCUCGGCCACUAAAUUGACCAACUGA